AAAGUGAUGUUUUUAAGCAAAAAAUACUCUUCUCAUGGAAUGUAUUAGAAAUCUUGCUGUGAUGGACUUCUGCAUUAGAGCUUUUGUGGAGGGGAAGCAGCAAUCCCCAAACUUUGGAAAAGUAUCAAGCAGAGAACUACAAGCCCCAGCAGGCAAUGCGCUUAUGGCUUGAUCGCCUGCGUGUCCCAAAAUGCACUGGGGGAGAGAAGGUAGUGAAAACUCCGCUUCUUCAACUACAAAUCCCAGCAUGCAAAAGGGAAAGGAAGCGGGUGAGACGGGCAGCUGCUCUGCCUCCAACUUGCAAGGCGCGCUGGAUAAACUGGAGCACGCAUCGGGAUGGGAGCAGAGCCCUGGAGCAACUGGACGACCGUCACCUAAGCCCUUCCUGAGAAGGACACCCACUGGAACCCAGAAGAGUUGCAAUGCACGAUUCAAGUCCCCUGUUCUGCCUCGGGGGGCCUGUCAAGAUACCAAUAAGGAGACCCUGCAGCAUGAAAUUGAAGAGCUGAAACACAAGAAUAUCGCUCUGGAUCAAGAAAUAGCCCAGUUACUGGCAGAGGGAUAUAACGUGGAGGAAUUAGACGGCCACAUCGCUCUGCUCCAUGAAUACAAUGAGAUGAAAGACAUUGGACAAAUGCUUUUAGGCCAGAUGGCGCUGAUCAGAGGAGUCACCACAAAGGAGCUAUACCCUGAAUUUGACCUUGAUCUUAAUGACUAGAGGGAAUGUGAGACAUGGCAGCUCCUAGCUGAUCAAAGUUCGCACCCCGAAUGAUGAGCAGUUCGCUACUGCUAAUUUGGAUUUUCCAAGUAAUACUAAAGGAACAAGGGUUUAACACUUUCCUCCAUGGAUUUGACAGAAAAACUGUUGAAUUUGUUCUACGUGUUCAAGGAGAAAGGCCGUUUUCUGUACACAUGUUCAAUGUAUGAAUUUCUACCGAACUGCA